AUGCAUCCACCUGCGUCAUCAAGCGAGGCGCGGAGACCAUCUGGUCAAACACGCCGAUUGUCCUCUACGCGCUCAGGGAAGUCCGGCGUCGGGCUUUCUUCGCGUCAAUCUGCGUCGUCGUUGAGUGCGAGAAGUUCAACUUACAGUGCGUCUCAUCAACAUCAGAAUGAGCAGCGAAGGCAACAGCAGCUGCUUGACCUUGAGCAGCGUCCUGCUGCCAGAUCAGAAUCCUCGUCUGAGCCCAAGUGGUGGCGGAUUCGCUUCUUCCAGGGCAUGAAGAAUGAUUUGAAGCGUAGGGCUCCGUUCUACUGGAGCGACUGGACUGAUGCCUGGGACUAUCGUAUUGUGCCAGCCACAGUGUACAUGUACUUUGCAAAUAUCCUACCUGCUCUGGCCUUCUCACUGGACAUGUUUGAGAAGACGAACCAAAGCUUUGGAGUCAAUGAAGUCUUGCUCGCAUCUGUUCUAGGUGCUGUAGUAUUUGCUGUCUUUGCUGCUCAGCCCUUGGUUAUUGUAGGCGUCACCGGUCCGAUUACUGUCUUCAAUUACACGGUCUAUGACAUUAUCACACCAAGGGGCACUCCUUAUUUGGCUUUCAUGUGCUGGAUCGGCAUCUGGUCAUUGAUAAUGCACUGGAUUCUUGCCGUCACCAACGCCUGCAAUGGCCUGACCUACGUGACACGCUUUUCCUGUGAUAUUUUCGGGUUCUAUGUCGCAUUCAUUUAUUUGCAAAAGGGGAUUCAGGUUUUGACUCGUCAAUGGGGUCAAGCUGGCGAUACUUCAGCGUAUCUAGCUAUCAUGGUGGCGCUUCUGGUCCUGAUGGUAGCGUGGAUAUGUGGAGAGCUUGGCAAUAGCAACCUCUUUUCUCGACACGUCCGGAAGUUCCUCGAGGACUAUGGCACCCCUUUGACGAUCAUCUUCUUUACUGGGUUUGUCCAUAUUGGGCACAUGCAAGACGUCAAUGUUGCCACCUUACCGACGAGCAAGGCCUUUUUCCCAACCAUUGAUCGACCUUGGCUGGUUCACUUCUGGGACAUCAAUGUCGGCGACAUCUUCUUGGCCAUCCCAUUUGCCUUGCUCUUGACAAUCCUCUUCUAUUUCGAUCAUAAUGUCUCGUCCCUCAUUGCACAGGGCACCGAGUUUCCUUUGCGGAAGCCCGCAGGCUUUCACUGGGACAUCUGGCUACUGGGACUCACUACAUUUGUCGCCGGAAUCCUUGGCAUCCCCUUUCCUAACGGACUCAUUCCUCAAGCGCCAUUCCAUACAGCUGCUCUCUGCGUGACUCGCCAUGUCGCUGACGAAGAUGACACGAAUAAGGGCAAGGCAAUUCGUGUAACGGACCACGUUGUCGAACAGCGUGUGAGUAAUCUCGCGCAGGGUCUGCUGACGCUAGGAACAAUGACUGGUCCACUUCUCAUUGUGCUCCAUCUCAUCCCACAAGGUGUCAUGGCCGGGCUUUUUUUCAUCAUGGGCGUACAGGCUCUUGAAGGAAAUGGAAUCACCCAAAAACUGAUCUUUUUGGCACAAGAUAAGGAUUUCACGCCGGGAUCGAACCCGCUGAAAAGGCUCGAACGUCGAUCAGCUAUCUGGGCGUUUGUUUUGGUGGAGCUUAUAGGCUUUGGCGCCACCUUUGCUAUCACUCAGACGAUCGCUGCUAUUGGGUUCCCGGUGAUCAUUCUUCUGCUGAUCCCGGUACGGUCAUUCCUGUUCCCAAUGUGGUUCUCCCGAGAGGAGCUGGACGUGUUGGAUGCUCCCACGGCCAGUCCGUUUACUAUGGAAAGUGUCGGUGGAACCCAUGGCUUGGCAGAAUUGCACGGCGAUCUGGCAGCUACAGGUGGAGAUGCUGUCCAAGCCCCAUCAGCUGGCAAUGAUGGGGUUCUCGGCGGUCACCGAGAUUCUUCCUCUGACUCUGCGGUUGAUGCCGAUGAUCUGGAACGAGGAGAGGCUUACGAGCUUCAGUCUCAUCUCCACCGGCGUAGCAGCCACAGUCAGGUGAAAUAA